AUGGUUCACACCUGCGUAGUGUACGGCUGUACGAAUCGGGCGAACGACAGGGGAACAAAGCGUGGUUUUUAUGGAUUCCCUACUGUAAGACUCCACGAGGACAAAUGGACAGAAGAACUCAGCAGAGAGAGAAGAACAAAAUGGAUCGCGGCCAUAGGCAGAAAGGACUUCGUGCCAUCAACCCAUUCUAAAGUGUGCUCGGAUCAUUUUUUAGAAGGUAAACCAUCAAAGAUUUUUGAUAAAGCAAAUCCUGACUGGGUCCCCUCAUUGAAGUUGAAUAGGAAGUUGACAUCUCCAACAACUCCAAGCAGCCAGAGUGAGCGUUUCCAACGGGCAAACCAACGUGAUGACAAGCGGAAACAGCAUUUAGCUGCCAGAGCUUUAAUGGAUUUAUCCACAUGUAGUGUCCAAGACAGUCAGCCACAGGUGUGUGAUUGGCUUCAGAAAGAUGACAAACCUGUUCACUUCUUCAAAUUAGGACCUCUCUUCCCUGCAGAAUCAGCGAAAGACCUAAUGGAGGUUAGAAGUCAGGAAAAGGAAGAAUUGUUGAAGAAGUUAAAUGCAGAGUGUCAGGAGCGGACAACAGAAAACCUUACAUUAAGGCAACAUAUCCUGGAAGGGCAGAUAUUCAGUGAGGAUGCAUUCAGAGACAAUGACAAGAAGGUAAACUGCUUCACAGGGCUUCCAGGAUUUUUAACUUUGAUGACUGUGUUUGACUUUGUGAAAGAUUACAUUCCAGAUAGCGGCCGUGUGACAUUCUCAAAGUUUCAGAGAUUUAUUAUGACUCUGAUGAAACUGCGACUUACACUCUCCCUUCAGUUUCUUGGAUAUAUCUUCAAUAUCUCACAGCCCACCGCAUCAAGGACAUUCCUAACUGUAUUGGACGUUUUAUACAUUAGACUGCGAGAGUUUGUUUACUGGCCAGAGAGAGAGGAACUGAGACUUUCAAUGCCCAUGGAAUUCAGGAAGCAUUUUGGCUUGAAAGUCGCUGUUAUCAUUGAUUGUUUUGAAAUCUUUAUUGAGCGGCCUUCAAAUCUUCUUGCAAGAGCAAAGACAUGGUCUUCGUAUAAACACCAUAAUACUGUAAAAAUAUUAAUUGGAAUAGCCCCUCAAGGAUGUAUAACCUAUCUGUCAAAUGCUUGGGGAGGACGCAGUAGUGACAAGUAUAUUGUGGAAAACAGUGGCUUUUUAAAGAAACUUCUUCCAGGAGAUAUCGUACUUGCUGACCGUGGUUUCGACAUUCAGGAAAGUGUCGGUGUAAUGUGUGCGGAGGUUAAAAUACCAAGUUUUACUAAAGGAAAGAGCCAGUUGUCAGCACUUGAGGUAGAAUCCACAAGAAACAUUGCACAUGUCCGCAUUCAUGUGGAACGCGUGAUUGGACUGGUUAGGAACAAGUUUACAAUUCUUUCAGAUACUUUACCUGUAGACUAUUUGAUUGCGCGCACAGGAGAUGUUCCAGCUGUAGACAAAAUUGUUACUGUUUGCUGUAGUUUGACCAACUUGUGUGGUUCUAUUGUGAAUUUUGAUUGA